GAGAAAAGAGAGGGAACGUAGCUGACGAUGACGACGAACUGAGCUGAAAUUCACCUCUCUCUCUCUCUCAGUUUAAAAUCCAUUAAUCUAUUUCACUCUCUUUCCAGAUCUGCCAGCAUCGCCAUCCGACGACGUCGUUUCCUAUCCCAAUCCGGAUGUAAUUUUAAUUAAGAUCGAGUAAAAGAAAUCCUGACGAGCUCAUGUUUGAAAAUCCGUCGGUAAUUGGUUCUUCUCACAGUCCUCAUCUUCGGAAACCUGGCGCCAAAUCUGUUUCUUCUGACCUAGGGGCUGGUGAACCUGGAAAUAGUGUUCAAGAAGGUUACGUGUUCCCUUUCGUGGUUGGAGAAAUGAAGGUUUCCAGUUCACCUAUGCACACCGCAGCUAUAAUGCCUUCUCCUACCUUUCUAUGGAGAUUUAAGGUCCUAUGGUUUCUAAUCUGGGCCUUCACUUGUUGCAAGAUUGGAUGGGAUUCGGUCAUGAGAAUGAGUGUAGACUUAAGAGACUUGUUCUUGUACGAGGCAUUCUUAUAUUAUAACCCUCUCCUUCUUGUGACAAUGAUGGUUUGGCUGUGGGGAGUGUGUUUAUGGGUCUUUUCUCAGAGCACUAUUAUUUAUGCAAAAAUAUUUGAUCUUGAUCUAAACCACCUUACUCACAGAGAAAUAUGGAAGUGUAGCAUAUGGAUGACAGUUAUAGUGCCAACUAGCAUGACAGCUUACCUUUAUCUUUACUCCCACGGAGAAGUAGCAUUGGCAGCAUCGCAACCAGUGAUGCUCUAUGUUGCUGUUGCCUUGGUUUUGAUAUUCCCCUUCGACAUUUUCUAUUUUUCAUCUCGUUACUUCUUCCUAAGAACACUCUGGCGGAUUGCUUUCCCACUUCAGCCUAUUUCAUUUCCUGACUUCUUCUUGGCAGACAUUUUUACCUCCAUGGCCAAGGUAUUUUCAGAUUUGGAGCGUUCAGUCUGUCGAAUGGUUCAUCGCCAGGUUGCAACAAUCGCAUGGUUUGAAGCAGACUCAGUUUGCGGCAGCCACUCAGUUGCAAUUCCACUAGUACUUGUUAUUCCAUAUAUUUGGCGGCUACUGCAAUGUUUGCGGCAGUACAAAGAUACAAAAGAGAAGCCAACCCUUCUAAAUGCUUUAAAAUAUUCAACAGCAGUCCCUGUGAUUUUUCUAUCAGCCCUUAAAUAUCAUGUCUCACCUGAUAGUUGGACUUAUGUUUAUCGUCGUCUCUGGCUUUUCUCAAGUCUUGUUAACUCGCUCUACUCAUUUUAUUGGGACAUAACCCGCGAUUGGGACCUUAGUGUCUUCACUAGGAUCUUCAAGUUCAACAAACCAAGUUUGUGUUCCAAUUUGUUAUACGGGCGAGGAUGGGUUUAUUUUUGGGUUAUUGGAAGCAACUUGGUUUUGCGAUGCACGUGGACGUACAAACUGUCCGCUCAUCUCCGCCACAACUACUUGACUGUGUUUAUGAUCACCGCGUUAGAGAUGCUAAGAAGGUUCCAAUGGAUAUUCUUUCGAGUAGAAAAUGAAUGGAACAAAAUUACCAAGUCUGGCUUUCAGAUUCCGAUGACCGACAUCCCAAGAGAGGAGGAAAAAUUACUAGGCUCGACCAAUCACAACGUGUAGAUGAUUGUACAAGUCUCUCUCUCUGGCUUUAAGUAGCUUCAAAUUAAAUUCAUUCUUUGCGCUGCUACGGAUCAUUAUAUUGUUUCAGCCCUGAAGCAGUUGCUGCAUUUUGGUUGCCCCUGUUUGACACGGAUGAUAUGAUACCUAUUAUAUAGGUUGGAUUUUCAUGCAACAAUUUUGGAUUGGGUUAUAAUGUUGUGAAAGAAAAAAAAAACAUAUUACUGA